AUGAACCGCUUAUUUCUAUUUAAACGGAAGAAGAAGAAAAAGUUAAAUAUCCCCCCACCCAGUACGCCGCAGUCUCGGCGUCGUCGGUCCUCGUCGUACACGGUUGCCCCGCACCUCCAAGCCGAGUUCGACGUGCCGCUGUCCGCGUUCGCAGCCGCGCAUGCAGAAUAUACGGAUUUUGUCGUUGCGGGGUUUAUCUUUUCUGAAAGAUCUUCUGUUCCUCCUGCUGCUCCUGCUGCUGCUGUGUCUACUGCUCCACGCAUGCUCCUCCUCCAGCGCGCCUGGUCCGACUCGUACGGCGGAUACUGGGAUUUCCCCGGCGGAUCGGUCGAACCGUCGUCCGACGCGACGCUGCUGGAUGGUGUCGCGCGCGAAGUCCGCGAGGAGACGGGGUUCCAUGUCUCGCGUAUCCGGGAGCUGGUGCGGGUGGACGCGUGGGUGGCGCAUAUGGGGAGGAGGAAGGUGGCUAAGUAUUCGUUUAUUGUGGAUGUGCAUGAAGCAGCAGAAUCAUCGGCAGCAUCUGGAGAAUGGGAAGACGAGGAUGAUGAAUCUGAAUCUGACCACAACAGCGUCGUGACGCAGCAGCAGCAGCAGCAGCAGCACAUGCCUCUCAACUGGGAAGACCAAGUCCAGCUCGCAGAAGCAGAGCAUCAGCGCUAUGUCUGGGCGACGGAGGAAGAGGUCGAAGCCAGCGUGGUCAACAAACGCAAUGGUCGCGGCGAAGAAGGACCGUAUCUGUUUGUCGGCAUCCAGGGUGAGACGGCGUUGGAGGCGUUUCGCAAGUAUAAGAGUCUGAAGGGGGAUUGA